AUGGCUGUGAUGAUGGUGGUGGUGGUUGGCGACGGUGGCGGUGACGACGACGAUGGUGGUGACGGUAGUGGUUGCGGCAAUGAUUAUAUCUGUUGUUCUGUGAUGGAGUUGAGUAUACCUGAACCAGAAACAAAACAAAAAAAGCGUGGGAGAAAGAAAUCUAAUGUGUGGGAACACUUCACUGUGAAAAUGGAUGAACCUGGAUUUGGCCGGGCUUAUUGUAAUAAGUGCAAUAAAUCAUUUGCUUAUAUGAAAGAUUCAAAGUUAUCUGGCACCAGCCAUCUCAAGAGACACGUCUCCCUCUGUCAGAAUAAUCGACAAACCGCAUGUCCUAAAACUGGUGCUAAUCUACCAAAGAAACGGGCAAGAACAAAACCUCACUCUUCUGCUAUCUCAUUUGAUCAGUGCAAGAAUAUGAUUGCUAAAAUGAUUAUUUUGCAUGAUUAUUCACUUCAUAUGGUGGAAGACCAAGGUUUCAUUGAUUUGUUGCGAGCACUUCAACCCAAUUUCAAUCCACUGAGCUUUAAUGCUAUCAAAGAGGAUUGUGUUGAUAUGUAUCUUACAGGGAAGCAAAGGUUGUUGAAUCUUAUCGAUGGGAUUCCUGGGCGAGUCAACCUCACCUUGGACAUAUGGACUUCAAACCAGACAUCGGUCUAUGUUUUUCUUCGGGGACACUUCAUUGAUGGUGAUUGGAAGUUGCAUCAUCCCAUUCUUAAUGUUGUGAUGGUGCCAUUUCCUGAUUCUGAUGGUUCCUUAGAUCAAACCAUAGUAACCUACCUCAGUGACUGGCAUUUGGAGGGUCGGGUAUUUACUCUUGCACUCGAUAAAUUCUACUCCAAUGGCAAUGAGGCUUUGAUGAGAAAACUGAGGGAUCUCCUCUCUCUUAAGAGCCCUUCGAUCCUCGGUGGCCAAUUAUUAAGCCAAAACUGUUAUGCUCGUGUGCUUAGUCGCCUUGCAUUAGAUGCUUUGGGGGCAAUGAGAGAAACUAUUGGUAAAGUUCGUGAGCGUGUGAAGUACAUGAAAUCUCAUGAGAAGAAGUUCUUUGAGCUGAGGCAACAACUUCAAAUCCCUAGUAUGGUGGAGCUUUCAAUUGAUGACCAAAACAAAUGGGACACAGUCUACCGUAUGCUUGUUGCUGCCUGUGAGUUAAAGCAAGUCUUUGAUUGUUUUGAUGCCUCUGAUCCUGAUUACAGAAUGACUCUGACAAUGGAUGACUGGCAGCAGGUAGAAACUUUAUGUGUAUAUUUGAAGUAUUUGUAUGAUGCGGCUAACAUUUUAACUGUCCAACCAUACGCAACUGCAAACUUAUUUUUCCCUCAAGUGUCAAAACUUUUGGUGGAGUUGACUCAUGCAGCCUUCAGCCAGGAUCCUUUCUGCAGUAGUUUGAUUAUGCCUUUGAAAGAGAAGUUUGAGCAAUAUUGGAUGGAAAGCUGGUUCAUGUUGGCAGUUGCUGUAGCCAUGGAUCCGAGGUGUAAAAUGAAACUUGUGGAAUCCACCUUUGUUCACUUAUUUGGUGACAAGGCUGAGUCAUGGAUAAGAAUUGUUGGGGAUGGUCUUCAUGGACUAUUCGAUGAUUAUGUCAAGUCAGUGCUUCCUUAUACAGCGACAAAUGGUGAUGAAGGGAAUGAGGCUAUGAUAAAGACUGAGUCAUUUGAAGAAGGGUCAAUUGAAGCUGCAUAUUUUGAUUUUGACAUUGAUAUAUCUGACUUAAUAGGUAACCAGCAAUGGAAGACGGAAUUGACUGAGUAUCUAGAAGAGCCUCUAGAGCCCAUUGUACAGAAAUUUGAUAUUCUGAACUGGUGGAGAGUAAACGGAUUGAAGUACCCAAUAUUGUCUAGAAUGGCUUCUGAUAUUUUGUCUAUAUCAGCAUCUACUCUCUCUGCAAAUUUUGUUUUUGAUACAGAAAUUAGAAAAAUGGAUAGCUACAGGAGUUCAUUAGACUCCCUUACUCUUGAGGCCCUUAUUUGUACCAAGGAAUGGUUCCAGGAUAAAUCAUUACCCAUCGAUGCUUCUUUUAGGAUAUAG